GGAAGCCUGGGACCAUGGCUAGCUCUGAGGAGACUGCCCUGCUUCAGCUGGAGGAAUUGUUUUCAGCCACUUUGGCCCGAAUCGACAGCCUCAUCCUCCAGCCUCUUCUCCUGGUCGAACCAGAGCACUUGGAGCCUCGGAGCAGGGAAUGCAUGCGGCUCCUGCAGCGGCUGCACCAGUGCACCCAGCGCCUGUGGGAAGUGACAGACCAGAGCCUCCGUUCGCUGAGACACAGGCUGCAGCAUCCAUCCUGCAGCCUGGAGACCUUGCUGUUGCUGAGCAAGGCUGAUCGAGUCCUGGAAGUCCACGUGGAGUACAUCGAGUCCUAUACGAACUGCAUUGUCGCCACAGCCUUCCAGAGUGUGAUAAAGAGGAAGAGCAAGUACUGGCAAGGCCAGAGGAAGGCCUUGGGGCAGAUCCUGACCUGCGGGCUGAACCCUAAGAGCUCAGUGGGAGCCAUGUUGGCUCAGGCGCUCCACCAGCCCCUCACCCAGCACGUGCAACAGUACGUGAUUCUUCUCUUGCGCCUGAGGGACAGCCUGGAGGAGGGGCACCCCUCCCAGAAGACAGUGAUGAGAGCCAUCAGUCUCUUCGGGGACCUGCAGUCAUUCAUGAGACAGGCAUUACUCCAGGCCGAGGUCACACAAAGUCUCUGGCACAACCUGAGCAGCCAUCUCAGGGAUGCGCUGUGCACCCCAACUCGCCGUCUCCUGCUGGACAGCCAGGAUGUCCCCGUGACGGUCACUCCGCUCUGUGCCGAACGCGUGUUGCUUUUUGAUGACGCCCUGGUGCUGUUUCAGGGGCACAGAAUCCACACUUUUGAUCUGAAGCUGGUGUGGGUUGACUCGGGGCAGGAUGAGUGUGAAUGUCUCAUCGCCACCCCCGAAGAUGAAUUCUCCUUGCGUGCCAGAGACCCCCAGGACCAGGUGAUCUGGAGGUGGAAGAUGUUCAUGGCUGUGGGUCAGGCCCUGCGGGGAAAGAAAGACUUUCCAGGGCUGGGGUCAGACUUGGAGCCGGCAGUACCUCCUGCCCACCGCCGCGCGGCCUACACCUUCCGCCAGGAGGGCCGGCUGUGCGGGGCGAGCUAUGACGGUGAAUGGCACCGGGGCAGGCCACAAGGCAAGGGGACCCUGAAAUGGCCGGAUGGGCGGAAUCAUGUGGGACAUUUCCACCAUGGUCUGGAACAUGGCUUCGGCAUCCUCCUGCUACCCGGAGCCGCAGAGGACAAAUUCGACUGCUACAAAUGCCACUGGAGGGAAGGCCGCAAGCACGGCUAUGGCAUGUGCGAGUACAGCACUGGUGAAACCUAUAAGGGCUACUUCCAGGAUGACCUGAGGCAUGGAUUUGGGGUCCUGGAAAGGGCACCUCCUGCCCCCCAAGCUUUCAGGUACACGGGCCAUUGGGAGAGAGGCCAGAGGAACGGCUUCGGCGUCCAGGAUGACAUGGACGGGGGUGAGCGGUACAUUGGCUGGUGGCAGACCGACCAGCACCACGGCCCUGGGAUUUUGGUCACCCAGGCCGGGAUCUGCUACCAGGGAACCUUCCAGAUGGACAAGAUGGCGGGCCCAGGUGUCCUCCUGUUCGAAGACGACUCCUUGCAUGAAGGCACCUUCACGAGAGACCUGAUGCUCAGGGGGAAGGGUAAGGUCACCUUGCCGGAUGGCUUCGUGCUGGAGGGUUGGUUUGCACGAGGGACUGGAAAAGGAUUAUAUACACAAGGGGUACUGGACACGAGUGCCUUCUCCCCAGAUCCAAGCAGCACCUCGAAGAGGCAGUUGGGGGUGGGCGCCAUGCCCGCCAAUGGCCACUGGCAGGGGGUCUUUGACCCCUUCUGGGCCUUCGUGCGUGAGGGCUGCCCCGAAGACCUGCAGGAGGCUUUUCUGGGGUUCCACAUCCAGAGAGCCAAGGAGCUGCAAAGUUCCCAGGACAAUCUGUGCUGUCAGAGAAGCCACCCAGAGGACAGUCGAGGCGCGAUGAGAGACAUCUUGGAAGAUGUGCUGCGACACCGAGAGCCUGAGGCCUUGCAACCCUUCCUCAGGAAGGCUCUGUGCGACUCCCAGCAUCCUUUGGGAAAGCUGCUCUCGAAGCUCAUGCUGACUUUCCAGGCAACGUACACAGGCGUGGGGGCCAAUAAACACCUGCAGGACCUGGCCCAGGACCAGGUGAAGCAACAUGCUCGGGGCCUCUGGGCAGCCUACAGGGGUCUGCUACAGGUGGCGUUGAAGAGCAAGGGUCAGACCCUGGAAGAGGAAGAUGAAAAGACCAGAAACCUGCAGGUGCACAGUGUGAUGCUACCCCUCUUGCUGCCCAGCUGCUACGGGGAGCUCUUCACCCUCUACCUGCUUCUCCACAAGAAAGAAGACACCUGUUACAGCCAGAGCCUCACCAAACUGGGCCUGCUUUCUGACACCAAGCUGCUGGAAUUCCUGGAUGUACAGAAGUAUCUUUGGCCCCUCAGCGACAUCAAAUUGACGAGCAAUGAGAGAUAUUCCUUUGUCAGAGAGAAAUGUUUCCUGUCAGCCACGGAGCUCCUACAGAAGGUCCUCACCACCGUAGAUCCCUGGGAAAAGCUGCAGGUGUUGGAGAAGACCUAUAGGGAAAUCGAGGCCACCGUGAUGAGGGUCAUGGGUCAAGAACACAGGUUGACCAUGGAUGAGCUUCUGCCUCUACUUAUCUACGUGCUGGUGCGGGCCCGGAUCCUGAAUCUGGGAGCUGAGCUCCACCUCAUCCGGGACAUGAUGGAUCCUAGCCACCUGGGCGGCCUCUACGAUUUCCUCCUCACGACUCUGGAGUCUUGCUACAGACAAAUCUAGAAGGAAGACAUCUAAUUGCACCGCCUGCCUGUGAAUCCUGGGAUUUGGGGAAGCUCCGGCAUCCCGGUCACAUUCCUAUAUAAAUAAAAUAAAAUAUAUAAGAGCCGA